UUGAGUAAUUAAGAAAUGACAUGUAUUUUCUGUUUAAUUUUGUAUUCUGCAGGGAGUCAUGACACUAUGACCUACUGCUUGGAUGAGAACUCUGCUGUUAGUGGCAAUGAAUCCAAGCUGGUGAAGUUUUUAAAUAAAUGUAUGCCCUGCAUUGUACGCCCUAUUAUUAUGAAGUGGUCCAUAACACAGGUGCUAACUGUGACGGAGCAACUUGAGGCCGGAGUUAGAUAUUUGGAUUUUAGGAUUGCCCACAAGGCUAGCGAUCCAUCUGUGAAUCUGUACUUCGUGCAUAUGGUAUACACAACAGUUACUGUACAGGAUAUUCUGUGGGAAGUGUUAAAGUGGUUGGAAACUCAUCCUCAGGAAGUUGUUAUCUUGGCCUGCAGGAAUUUUGAUGGACUAACCAAGAAACUUCACUGUCAUCUUAUUACCUGUAUAAAACAGAUUUUCCAGUGUAAACUGUGUCCAAGAAAUGUGGUUCCGACUCUGCGGACCAUGUGGCAGCAUGGCUACCAGGUUAUAGUCUCGUAUGAAGAAGAUCUGGAAGUGCUGAAGGACUGUGAGCUGUGGCCUGCAAUCCCAUACUGGUGGGGAAACAAAACUACCACUCGUGCUCUCAUCCAGUUUCUAGAACUCAUGAAGCGGAUGGGCCGUCCAGAAACAUUCUUCGUUGCGGGGAUUAACCUUACUGAAAAUUUAAGAUAUAUUCUUGUACACCCAUUUGGAUCACUGAAGACAAUGACACUCCGGAGUCUUCCAUGCUUGAAAAUGUGGGUGAGGAAGCAGUGUCCAGGACCACAAAAAGAAUGUAUUAACAUCAUUGCUGGAGACUUCAUAGGAAAUGACGAUUUUGUCAGAGAUGUGAUAGAACUUAACACAAAAAUUAAUCCUCAGUUAUACUGUCCCAGCAAAGGGUCUGGAACAAACAGCAUUUCAUUUUCAGCUUUUUAAAAAAUCUUUGAAAAGCUGAAAAAACUUUGUGUGCAUUUAAUAUUUCCUGGUUUAAACAUCCCAGAUUACACAAAGAUCUGGUUAACUUAAACCAGGGAUUUUUAAAAGCUCAUUAAGAAACACUCUCUCAACAUCAUCAGGCUUUCAAAGUCUUUUCUUGAAAAAGGAGAGCAGGAAGGUCUUGUUGAAGUCAUUAUAGAAAUGUGGGAUAGGCAUAAUUUACUUGGGAGGUGCUUAGAUCUUGUAGCAGCUGACAAUAUUGAGUCUCAAGAACUAUUUAAUAUAUGAGCAAGAAGUAGAAAAGUCACUAGCUGCACAAAUAAUUUUGUGAUUUUAUUUUCUUUCUGCAUAUCCUUGCAACCCCAAUUCUCAGUAUUUUAUCAGUGUGAAACUAACUUGCCUGUUUUCAUGGUUUGUACUGAAUACACAAUGUGAGCAAUUGAAAAAUAUUUUUUAUCUAUCAAA